AUGUCGCGACUACCGCCGAGUGACGGAGCACAACGAGCGCAACAAGGCUCUGCGAGGCCGUCGUCGCGCGGACACACCUCGUCCCCCUCCUUCGGCUCUGAACUCGCCUCGCCUGUUCGACCUGAGCGUUCGCAGAGACGGCCGGCAGGGAGUGGAAUGACGCCGAGUCCAGCGACUUUGCGCGGGAACGAGAAUGGGCGGUUCCCGGGACAGACGAUGCAGGCUGGCGGACCCGACGUUCCGAGGGUAGGCGUCACGUCGGCGGGCGCAGGAGGCAACGGCGAGGGGAAGAAUAGGCGGAUGAUGGACCAGCUGCGGGGCGGUAACGAUGCGCCUGGUUCGCCGUCUUUCUCGCCAAAUCCCGCCGCCUCUACCUCGUCAAACCCAUUCGGCUCGUCCCUCUUGUCCCCCAUCCCCGACCGUUCCGAUACCUUCAACAACUUCGACGACGCAUCAUCGUCCUCCUCAUCCCGCGCUGGCUCCCCCGAACCCGGCGAAGGCGAUUCCCCUUCUCUCGUCGUACCCACCGCCCUUUCCGAAGCCAUCUCUGCCUUCACGACUGCCGGCCAGCGACGCGCAGACGGUCGACGUGGCGGCCUCGCCGACCAAGGGUUCGACGUUCCUUCUUCUCGGCGCGGUCCAGGCGCGAGUGGCUCGUCGUCCCCCGAGCUGGCGCAGAAGUCGCCCGAGACUGCGAGGAGCGGCAAAGUCGCGCUCAACCCGCACGAGUACCCCGAUACACCGGCGUUCCGCGAAGUCGACGACGUGCUCCGAAAAGUGCGCGACGAGUGGCCGGAGCUGGUGCGAGGGACGAGUCUUGCGGGACAGGCGGACGGUCAGGAGGACGAGGGCGACUUCGAUCCCGUCUCCCUCGCACUGCACCUUCUCGAACCUGCACGACGAGGGAGUGCCGCCGAGCGGGACCCGCCACGAAGCGCGAAUGGGACUCGACAGACCCUCCCGUCCUUCCUCCGCCUGAAAGGCCAGCUCGACCACGCCAUCCGCUCCACCCUCUCUCCGCAGCUCAAUCCGACGUCGUCCGGCAACGCCUACCGAGCCUACGAGUCGGCCAUCACGACGCACAAUGCGACUCUUGGCGCACUCACGAACGCGCAGAAGAUGAUCGCUGGGAUGCGGACGGGUCUCGGCUCGACGAGGGAAAAGCUCGAAGGGACCGGUCGAGAGGGACUUGCGGGCAUGUACGCGCGGAUGGGCAUGCUUGAGGAGAUGGGCGGUAUGCUCGACGAGAUCGACUCGCUCAUGCGGCUUCCUCCUUCACUCGAAGCCCUUCUCGCGGAGAAACGCUUCCUCGGCGCCGUCGUCCUGCUCGUCCGCUCGAUCAAGGCGCUGCACAAGCCCGAGAUGCUCGAGAUUGGCGCUCUUUCAGAUCUUCGCGCAUGGGCGGUGGCCCAGGAAGGCGUCGUCCUCGAGAUCCUCAUCGAGGAGCUGCACAACCACCUCUACCUCAAGUCCUUCUACUGCGACGUGCGAUGGAAGAGUUAUGCGCGCGGGCAGACUCAGCUGCCGCUCGUCGACUUCGGCGAGGAUGCUGAGCCGACCCCAUCGGCUACCGCGAGCCGCGAACCCAACACAUCCUUCCAAGCGCAUUCCUCCGGCCGAUCGACGGCUCGACUACCACGACUGUCGAAGCUUCAGCGCUUCCUCCAAAACCUCGCGCUCAAGCCGUCCGGCGCCGACCCGGCUCUCGACGAAGCGUUCGAAGACCUGCUUCUCGAUCCGGCAGAUGCAGCGGACGGCGACGACGGACUUGGCGGGUCGCUCUCGCUCGGCGCAGGGGAAGGGCUGGACGGCUUCGGCGCUUCGGCCGCGCCGAGCAGUACGAAGGCGAGGCGGGAAGCGCACAAGCGGAGAAAUCCCGAACUCGACUCCUUCACGUACAUCGAGAUGCUCAUCGAGUCGCUCGCGGCGCUCGGCAAACUUGGGUAUGCGCUGGAUGCGGUCGGUCAGCGAGUGCAGGGCGAGAUGUUCGCGCUCGUCGAGGCGACAAUUGAGGAGGUGGAGGAGCGAAACGACUCGAGCAAACCGUUCGCCAGUACGGUCGGUGCCGCUCGUCCUGCUUCCUCUCUCUACAAUCCGCCGUCGCCUAAUCCGAACGCCUCCUCGUCCGGCACCUUCACUGCGCUUGGCGCGUCCGCAUCGGCUUCCGCAGCGGCAGCAGCAGCGGGAAGCUGGGCGACAGAAGGCGUCGCGUCUCUCCUCCGCCUCUCUGCGAGCGAGACCAACACGCUGGCGAGCAGCGUUGAGACGCUGCGAGACUUGUUCUGGACCCUGUACAGCAAGCUCGAUGCGGUUUUGCAGGGCUUCCGGGUGUCGUACGAGGUCGCGAGCAGGAUCUCCGAGCGUCGGGACUUCAAGGAUGCCUCACUCGUCCGGACAAGUUCGGGCAACCUCCUCUUCUCGCUGCUCGAGGUAUGGAAGUCUGUUCAGCAGGAGGUCCGCGCUUUGCUGCACGACUACUUGACCGACGACCAAAGCGGCACCGUCUCGUCGCGCAACCCGAUCGUCAGCGUCAACGAGGUACUGCGCUUCCCGCGGCCUCGAGAUGGCUCGAAGCAAGUUUUCCGGUUCGCCGAGUCGGACCUGCAGGCGUCGCACAAGCUCUUGAAGGACUACGAGGAUGCGCUGAACAUGGCGAUCAAGGCGGCGGUCCCCGGCCUCAUCACCGAUGGCGCGCCAUCGACAACUACUACCUCUGCGCUCAUCGUCGCUUCGACAGACCCUUCCGCCGCAGCUGGCCGCUCAACAGGCUUGAACAAUACGCACAAGGCGCUCGUUCCUGCCGACGCCUUCAACGUCUCCGUUCUCUUCGGUCCGACACUCGCCUUCCUCGACCGCGUCAAGGAGGUCAUGCCUGGCGGUCUCAUGGGAGAGGACGAGACGAGCGCAAGCACCGGCUUCAAUGGCUUCCUCGACGAGUUCGUUUUGCGAACGUUCCUUCCGCAGCUGGAGGAGAAGGUCGCGAGCGUCUUCCACCAAGCCGUCGGUGGUAUCGACGCCUUCCAGGAGGACCCGAACUCGAAGCGAGUCUCGCGUGUGCCGAUCGUCCGGUCCGUCUCGAAUCUGAUGCUCCUCAUCUCGGCACUGUGCUCCAUGCUCCGCGCAACGCCGUUCCACCGCGAGAACUACUCGCAGCUCAUCGUCAGCGUCAUCCACCAGUUCUACCAGCGCUGUUUCGAGCGCUUCAAGGACCUUGCCGCGCGCGAGACGACCGACAGCAACUCCUCCGCGCCAUCCGGCUCAACGCUGGGACCGCUGAAGAUGGCUGCAACGUGGGCGGACAUGCCCGAGCUGCAUGCUUGCCUGACCGAAUUGCGCGGGGUGACGCCCGGCGAUGUUGGCCAGAUGCGUCAGGUUCUCGCGAAGGAGACGAAGAUCGAGCUCGACCGCAAGCGCAACGGCUUUGUCAAGGAGGACGACCUCAUCAGCCCGAGCAAGAAGUUGUCGGCUCUUGCGACGCUGUACUCAAGUCUAGAUUGGUUCAUCCACCGCGUCUCAUCGCUAAAGUCGGCGGAGGGAACGCCAGCAGCUUUCUCGAACGGUUUCUCUGGCCCGCUCGGCUCUCAACGACCGCGCGAGAGUGCGUACUCGAUCGCCAGCACCGACACCGGUCACUCGCUCGGCAGUCGCGAGAUGGAGGACGAGGCUGGAGACGACCGACCGGAGGGCUUCGCUUUGCCGCUCACGAGCGAGAUGACCAAGCCGUUCGAAGCGCUUCUUCGCUCGUACCGCCAGCUCGCCGACAUGGUUCUGUUCACCCUUCGCCUCGAGAUCCGCCUGCGCACGAUGCACUACCUCGACAAGGCGACUCGCGACGGUGUCUACCAACUUGCGGAGGACAUUCAGGAGCCAGAUCCGAGCGUCGUCGACUUAAACAGCAACCUCGCCGAGUGCGACGAGAUCGCUGCGAGCACGCUGAGCGAGGGCGAGCGGAAGUCCAUCUUCGAAGGCCUGUCGCUCCUGAUGGACCAGCUUCUCGUCCACAACGCCCGCUUCAUCCGCCUUGCGAACCACUUCGGACAAGCCAAGAUGCUCCGCAACAUCCUUGCACUACAGCAGAACCUCAAGAACCUCGGUGACAGCCCGCUCGACGUCGACUUUGACCGGAGCAGGCGGUUCUGGGACCUCUUCACGCUCGGUCCGAAGACCAUGCUGGACAUGGUCAGGAAGGGCGAGGUCUCGUACGACUUCGACGACCUCAAGGCGCUCCUCAACCUGCAGUGCGGCGUCGACCAGUCCGGCAAGGACGGCUCGGCACCGAAUGGCGCCUCUCUCGGAGCGAGCGGUGGUCCAGGUGACGUUCCCCUCAGCGGCGGCACCGACAGGAACCGGCGGCAGUACAACGAGUUCCUCAUCGAGCUCUUCUCUCUCGACCCGACGGGCGGCAUGGCGGACGACUAG